AUGUAUAAGGCCAAGGAUACCGACUAUAAAUUGGGGUCGCCUAUACACGAAAAGAUACCUAGUUUUGAAAUUGGUUCUGAUAAACGUUUAGACAUAGAAGACAACAACGAAGAAGAAGUAAGCGCUAGAGAGGAACACGAUGACGAUGAGGACUACGAGUACAAACGAAUUAUCGAACAAGAAUUUGAAAACGACCGUGAGUUAGAUGAUGAGCAUGAAUUUGAAAUUGGCGUAGUGUACAAUGAGCAGGACUGCGAAGCAGAUACUAGCAAGUCUAUUGGGUCAUUGCCUCGCAUGCCUGGCACGUACGAUUUUUCUGGUUUGAAGAGUAAUGAUAAUCAAUAUAAUGAGUUAACUGAGACUUUGAACCAAGACGACGGUAAUCAACAGAAUGAUAUUGCUGUGGGAAAGUCAGGCGAUGAAGCCUCUCUCACGUAUAAGUCAACGUUAGACCCAGGAAAGCCACUGCAAAACCCUCCGCCAUCCAAUUUGAAUAUUGAUUCGAUAUUGAAAUCUCAAUUGGAGAACAAUAAAAGCGAAGGAAGCAUUGGACAAAGAAUAGAGAGUAUAUCGCGAAAGACCACCAAUUCCUCGGGUGCUCCAAACAUCUUGAAAGAUAAUACUUUGGAUAAAAUACCAACACAUGACGAUGAAAACAUCGAUGACAACAACGUAGAUAAUAGAGCUGGUGAUCCAAAAAUACGUGGCGGACUAAAUGCAUCGAACGAUGUAUCAAUAGACGAUAACAUUGCAGAUAUUAGUCAAUCAACUAUACAAACGUCUACCGAUGCUGAAGAGAGUAUAAAUAAAGGAAAUGGUGAUAUAACUCAAGGAUUAUCUAAUGUCGACAUUAAUGAUACGCUAGCAAAUGAAUCGAGACAAAGAAAUAUCUCGUCUGGUUCCGUAGUUCGGAAUCCUCCAUCGGGAUCCCAAUCAAAUCAAUCUAAUCAGUCAUACCAUCAGACACGAGCUAUAACUCCUGUUAUGAAUCAAAUGAAUAAGUUUCAAAGUUCAAAUUCUGAAGCGGCUUCACCAAGAGAGCAUCUUGGCAUGGGUAUAAAUAAUAGUGCACCCUCAACGGGGGGCAAUUCAAAUACCUCCUCCCCUAUGAAUGGAAGUUAUCCAAACUCCAUCGCUAAAAGUAGAAGGAGUGGUAAUAGGGUCAAGGGAGUAUUUUCGAACAUGUUUAGUAAGAACAAGAGCAGUACCAGCGUGGCUUCAUCGCCAGAAACUCAUGCGAUAAAUAUGAAGAUUAGUACUCCAUUCAAUGCUAAACAUGUGGCACAUGUCGGAGUUGAUGAUAAUGGGUCAUAUACUGGAUUACCUAUUGAAUGGGAAAGAUUGUUAUCAGCCAGCGGAAUUUCUAAGAAGGAACAGCAACAACACCCUCAAGCAGUCAUGGAUAUAGUCGCAUUUUAUCAAGAUACAAAUGAUGAUAAUCCUGAUGAGAAUGCAUUCAAAAAGUUUCACUACGAUAAUGAUUCAUCUCAUUCGUCGAUUUAUAAUGCUACUCCACCUUCAACCCCUGGUAUCCCAUCCACUUACAGUGCUACUCCUCUCCAGUCGGAGAAACAACUUCAAAGACAGCAAUCACAAAAGUCACAAUCAUCACAUUCAGUACAGGUACAAGCAACACCUAAAACCCCAAAUAAUAAUUACGAAAAUCAAUUUAUUCCUAGUAGACCAGCUCCAAAACCACCUUCUUCUAGCACACCUUCAACAAAAACAAUCAAACCACCACCAGUACCUCCAUCACCAAGUACAAAUACCAAUAUGUCCCCUGCUCUGAAGAAGAAUUCAUUCAUGGGUAGAUCCUUUUCCUCAAAAUCUAUUAAAGCAUUGAGAAAUAAUAAUAGAAAGAUUUCGGAGCCUGCUAAAGCCCCACAAUCGAAGAUUUCCGAUAACACUUCCGAAAUGGGCAUUCCAAAAUCUAAAUCUCACAGUAAUUCUCUCUCGACUCAGAGUGAAGUUGAACCAACUAAAGGUUCAACUACCGCCCCGGUUUCGUCUACUGCUAAAUUCAAUUCCACAACUAUCAGUAAUACUAAUGGCCAUAAUAUAAUCGAAGAAGAGAAAAAUAAUAGUUCAUCAUUGAAUAACCCUAAACAACGAGAACAGAAGCCUGAUACUACUUUAGAAAAAAGAAUCACGCCUCCAUCUCCAUCUCAGUCUCGCGUAAGUGAAGAAGAGUCAACAAAGAAGGAGACUUCAGAAAAUUAUAAUAAUAAAGAAAACGAUGUACCAAAGAAGAGUUCUCAACAACCUGUCAGAGACGCUAAGCAAGCGGCAUUAUUGGCUCAAAAGAAGAGAGAAGAUAAGAAGCGUAAGAACCAACAGAUUAUUUCUAAAUUGCAACAUAUUUGUAGUGAAGGUGAUCCUAAUGAACUUUACAAGGAUUUAAUUAAGAUUGGACAAGGUGCAUCUGGUGGUGUUUACAUAGCCCACGAUGUAAAUCAUAGAUCGCAGACUGUUGCCAUUAAACAAAUGAACUUAGAACAACAGCCUAAGAAAGAAUUAAUUAUCAAUGAAAUAUUGGUGAUGAAAGGUAGUAAGCAUGAGAACAUUGUUAACUUCAUAGACUCAUAUUUAUUAAGAGGAGAUUUGUGGGUUGUCAUGGAAUAUAUGGAAGGUGGCUCAUUGACGGAAAUUGUUACCCAUAGUGUUAUGACUGAAGGGCAAAUUGGCGCAGUCUGUAGAGAAACAUUGAAAGGGUUAAGGUUCUUGCAUUCAAAGGGUGUUAUUCAUAGAGAUAUCAAAUCCGAUAAUAUUUUGUUAAACAUUGAUGGUAAUAUCAAAAUGACCGAUUUUGGCUUCUGUGCACAAAUUAAUGAAAUCAACUUAAAGAGAACUACGAUGGUAGGAACUCCAUAUUGGAUGGCUCCUGAAGUUGUCUCGAGAAAGGAAUAUGGUCCAAAAGUUGACGUGUGGUCUCUAGGAAUCAUGAUUAUUGAAAUGAUCGAAGGUGAACCUCCGUACUUAAAUGAGACCCCAUUGAGAGCCCUUUACUUGAUUGCAACUAAUGGUACGCCUAAACUUAAGGAACCAGAAGCAUUGAGUUACGACAUCAGAAAAUUCUUAAGCUGGUGUUUACAAGUGGACUUCAAUAAGAGAGGAAACGCCGACCAGCUUUUGAACGACAAGUUCAUUCUUGAAGCCGAUGACGUAGAAUCGUUGUCGCCGCUCGUUAAGAUCGCUGCUAUGAAAAAGGCUUCUGAACACGACGAGUGA